GGGGCAGUUGGGGACGGGGAGAGGAGCCCCCCCCAUCUCACCCCGACCCUGUCUCUACAGUUUGCCCAGUACGCCGAGAUCGUCAACUUCAUGCUGCCCAACGGCACCAGCCGCAGCGGGCAGGUCCUGGAGGUGAUGGGCUCCAAAGCCAUCGUCCAGGUGUUUGAAGGAACAUCUGGGAUCGACGCCAAGAAGACCUCCUGCGAGUUUACCGGGGACAUCCUCCGCACCCCGGUUUCUGAGGACAUGCUGGGUAAGCCCAGUCUGCUGCUGAGCCCUGACACUUCUCGGUGCACGGAUGACGGGGUAACCCUGGGCACAGGCAGACAGGGCCAGCCCAUCAACCCCCAUGGCCGCAUCUACCCCGAGGAGAUGAUCCAGACUGGGAUCUCGCCCAUCGACGUGAUGAACAGCAUUGCCCGGGGCCAGAAGAUCCCCAUCUUCUCCGCUGCCGGUCUCCCCCACAAUGAGGUCAACAUGGAGACAGCACGCUUCUUCAAGUCUGACUUCGAGGAGAAUGGUUCCAUGGAGAACGUCUGCCUCUUCCUCAACCUGGCCAAUGACCCCACCCCUAACCGCAGCCCCCCCGUCCCGCAGGUGUCAGCAGCCAGGGAGGAGGUGCCAGGCCGCCGUGGCUUCCCUGGCUACAUGUACACCGACCUGGCCACCAUCUACGAGCGGGCCGGGCGCGUGGAGGGCAGGAACGGCUCCAUCACGCAGAUCCCCAUCCUGACCAUGCCCAACGACGGUCAGCAGCCCCGGGGGGGCACGGGGUACGCCUGCUACGCCAUCGGGAAGGACGUGCAGGCGAUGAAGGCGGUGGUGGGGGAAGAGGCGCUCUCGCCCGACGACCUGCUCUACCUGGAGUUCCUGCAGAAGUUCGAGAAGCAGUUCAUCACCCAGGGUGAGGCGGGCGGCCCGACCCCGGCCCCGGAGCGGGGAGGGGGUCUUGGCCAGCAUCCGCCCCUGGGCCAGGAGGCGGGCGAGGCGGAGGAGCGGCUGGCCGAGCUCGAGCAAG